AUGAAUCCUUAUUGUACAAUGCAUAAAGAAGAUAUAAUUAACUUUUGUGUUGAUUCGAAUUGUUAAACCAGAUGCUUAUGCAAAUAAUGUAAACAUGAACACGAGACGGUUCCUAUAUCAUAUCUAAUCGAUAAUAUAUUUGUAAAAGAGACUAUCAAUGUUGUAAAUCUAUUCAAAGUAAUAAUACAAAAAUUGGUUCACUCUAUAGAAACUGACUUAACUACUUAAUUACAAGAAAUUUAGUAUGAAAAACCACCAAAUGAAAUAACAUAAUUAAGUGCAUUCUUGAAGAAAAAAUAUUAAAUUUUUGAGAUCCUUAAAGAUUCUAUUCAGAGUAAAUUACAAAGAGUUAUAGAAGCUAUCAAAUAACCUGUUACUGUUAGUUCUUCUAAACCAUAAUUUCCUAGUUCUUUAAAUAGUCUACCUUUUAUGGAUAAAUAAGAUGCACAUAAAUAAUCACCAUAUACUCUUAAGAAAUUAAAGUCAGAAGAGCAUAUCGGUAUGACACAUACAGAAAAAAUAGAAGAAAAUUUAAUGUUAGACAAAUUAGAAAUUCAAAGACUCAAAACAUUUAAUGAAGAAAAUUGGCCAUGGAGAUUAGAAUAAGGUGCUUAAUUUGUGACUAUAUUCACAGCUCUCAGAAACUUCAAAUUACUAGGGUUUAAAUAACCCAUACUUUUUUGUUCAAAUGUAAUUAAUCAUCAACGAAAACCUGUUAAUUUUAACGUUGGGUUGUAUCACAAGAAAAAUCUAUAAAAAAAGGCCAUAUACAUAGAGAGUAGGACUAUAAAACAUAAUCAUGAAAAAGUCAUAGACAGAUGUUAUGACAUAGUUUUCAAGAUUCCUUAAAAAAUUUAAAUGGGAAAAGAAUAUUCUUUAGUAAUUUGGAGUAAUUCAGGAUUUUAUAGUCACUAUUAUAGUCUUCCUGCUCCUUCGAAUGAUUUCAUUGAAUUUUAAUAACAAGAUUACAAUGAUCAUCCAAAGAUCAAAAGAUCUGAACUUGUCCACAAAGUCAUAUCUACUUUUAGAGCAGGUUUGAUUCCAGCUUUAUAUAUUGAUCCCAGAUAAGAGAAUGAUUAAUGA